ACGACGACACAGACCGACGGCACUGUGCAAAAAGUUCGAAGAACCAAGAUUGUCAAGCGAAAGCGCCGACCUGCUCGACCACAACAGGAUCCGGCGCUCUUCAAAGUCGAGCCGCCGCCUCAGACUGGAACUAUCUUCAAUAUCUGGUACAACAAGUGGUCGGGAGGAGACCGCGAGGAUGCACAUUCUUCAAGGCACCAGGCGAAAGGUCGAUGUAAUGUCGCGCUCGACAGUGGCUACACGAAGGCGGAUCGCGAACCGGGUAGCUACUUUUGCAUAUUCUUCGCUCGUGGGCUCUGUCCGCACGGGUCCGACUGCCAAUAUUUACAUCGUCUCCCGAACAGUCGCAUAGGCAAAGAUGGCGGGUUAGGCGAUAUUUUCCCCGAGAACGUGGAUUGUUUUGGGCGGGAAAAGUUCAGUGAUUAUCGCGACGAUAUGGGUGGUGUCGGAUCGUUCAUGCGAAUCAACCGGACACUGUAUGUUGGGAGGAUCCAUGUCACGGACGACAUUGAGGAGGUUGUGGCACGGCAUUUCCAGGAAUGGGGCGCUAUCGAUCGUAUCCGCGUCUUACCGAGUCGAGGUGUAGCAUUCGUCACAUAUGUCUAUCUGGCCAACAGUGAAUUCGCCAAGGAAGCCAUGGCGCAUCAGGCCCUGGACAAUGACGAAACACUCAAUGUGCGAUGGGCAACCGUCGAUCCCAAUCCUGCAGCGCAGAAACGUGAGGCUGCUCGGCUCGAGGAACAGGCAGCCGAAGCAAUCCGAAGAGCGCUGCCGGCAAGCUUCAUCGCGGAACUGGAAGGAAGGAAAUAUGACGGAGUUGAUCCUGCAGAAGAGAGGAAACGGCGGAAGAUUGAAGGCAGCUUCGACCUCAAGGGGUAUGAGGCGCCUGAUCAUGUGUGGUACGCUGCGGAGAAAGCCCGCAUUGAGGCAGGUGGUGACACAAAGAUGAUUGAGGCUGGGCAAAAUACCGACACGCUCGAUGAAGCGGAUCCCGACGACGAAGGCAUGCUCUCGAUCGGCACAGUACCGCACAACCAAGAAGAGACCGAUGGCUUACUUGGCGCAAGUACGCUUGCUGCACUCAAAGGCUUUCGAGCGAAUAAUAGUGGAGAGACGAAGGCGCCAGACAUAUCGGCAGGACCACUCGUCGGCUACGGGAGCGAUAGUGAUGACGAAUGA